UGUAGAGGUUGUGAUCAUCACAUAAUUGCAGUGAUUAGGAGCCUUACCUCCUCCCCUCUGCUGCACAGACACAGACAGGAGUGACAGCUCCUAGUGGCUGUGCAUAGAGGAGUAUAGAGGAGAAUACAGCAUAGCAUGCCCUGCUCAAGUCACACUCACAACUAAACUCUGAACCUCUCAAUACUCUUCCAUCCAAAGAGCAGACAGAGAGAGGACACAGAUGGCUGAUCGGCAGUAUAUAGACAACUCUGAACUGCAAGCAGACAAGGAAAACCAAGAGUGGGGCUAUGUGGAAGGUGUUGAGUGGGGUUUACUGUACCCAGAAGCUAAUGGACAGUACCAAUCUCCAAUCAAUAUAAAUUCGAGAGAAGCUUUAUAUGAUCCUUCUUUACUAGAAGUUCGACUAUCUCCAAAUUAUGUUGUCUGUCGGGACUGUGAAGUGAUUAAUGAUGGUCGGGUUGUCCAGAUACUGCUAAAGUCAAAAUCAGUUUUAACAGGUGGUUCUCUACCUCGAGGUCACGAGUAUGAGUUACAUGAAGCAAAAUUUCACUGGGGCAGGGAGAAUCAGCGAGGAUCAGAGCAUACAGUCAACUUCAAAGCUUUCCCAAUGGAGCUCCACCUUAUUCAUUGGAACUCUACUUUAUUCAGGAAUAUUGAGGAAGCCUUGGGGCAAGUACAUGGUAUUGCUAUUAUAUCCUUAUUUGUGCAAAUAGGAAAAGAACACGUAGGCCUAAAUGCCAUCACAGACGUUCUUGAGGAUAUCCAGUACAAAGGAAAAUCAAAGACUAUUCCGUGUUUUAAUCCCAACUCAUUAUUACCUGACCCUUUACUCCGUGAUUACUGGGUAUAUGAAGGCUCUCUUACUAUGCCUCCUUGUAGUGAAGGAGUUACAUGGAUAUUGUUCCGAUAUCCUUUGACAGUGUCCCAAACACAGAUUGAAGAAUUCAGGAGACUAAGAAUGCAUGUAAAGGGGGCAGAUCUGGAAGAUGAAAGUGAUGGAAUACUGGCUGAUAACUUUAGACCCACUCAGCCUCUUAGUGACAGGAUUAUUCGAGCAGCCUUCCAGUAAACUGGGGCAGAUACUUGAAAGCAUAUGACUACCGUGCCAGAAAUGUUGGUGCUUUAUCCAUGGAUAUGAUGUGUUACUUGUUAGAAGUCUAGUCUGCAGAGACUUUGUAAUAUCAGGGGUGAAGAUGUCAUAUGUUUUACAUCUGGAGAAAGUCUAAUACACUAUCACACUGGCUUUGUGAAACUUUUCUUUAUAAAGAAGUGAAGGGUUAUUGCUUAGCUUAAGGAGAACUUCAGGCAAUAGAACAAUCUUCAGUAAACUUACAUGAUAUCCAGUAUGAGCACUCAGUGUCCUUUGUUUUAAACAUGAAUGCCAGAGUUCUUUUAUCAACAUUUUAGACUCCAGUUCCCAUCUGCUAUACUAAUUACUAUUGUUGAAUUUGGGUGUGUGCUAUUUGCAUCAGAUCACACAACAGCAGUAGCAGCCUGGUUAUCAGGAUACAA